CAAUCACCCCCUUAACGCGAAAGCGGAGUACACGCAAAAGAGCCCUCGCGCCCUCCCACGCUCUGCGCUUGCGCGAUUGGCGAACGGUGGUCACAUGAGUCGUUGCGUAGCGGCUUCGCCCCGCCCUCUCCGCUCGAGACGCGGCCGAAGGAAGAGGAGGAGGCGCGGACGAGGAGGAGCGCGCACUUUUUCAAAGCUCGCUCGAGUCCGAACGCGCCACAGCGUGGUGUGGCUGGCGACCGUGCACGAAGGGGUUUCGCUAGAUCGCCAGCGCCAGAGAGAGCUAGUAGCUACCUUCCUUUCCGACUGUGACAGCCGGCAGCAGUAUCCGAAACCAUGCGGGAGCUCGUCUUGGUGACCGCCCUCGUCCUAUGCUGCGCACUGCACCUGGUCACGUCAGCGGCACUCGGUGGCGACGACGAGGCGACGGAGUCCCACGAUCAAUGGCUCCAGAAUGACCCAGAGCUGCAACCGGAAGAUAUGGAUGAUUACAGCCUGCAGUGGGUGGGAACGCCGCCAUCUUCUGGUUAUUACCGCUGGCACGACGACAUCAUGCGCCGGUCCCGCAAGUCGGCAGGCGGCCGCUACACGGCGGGCGAGCUGGUCGAGAUGCUCCGCAGGCUGGCCGCGUCUAGGAAGCUGCGUCAGGUGCGCGUCGCCAACAAGGCCAUCCGGUUCGGCAUCAGCAAGAGAUCGCUACGGCAGCGCUUCUAGGCCGCGGGCUCCCCCUGCUGACCACGGCUCCUUCUUGUUAUACACGCCUAACGCGCUCGCUAACGUCUCCCGAGGGCGACUGCAUCGCUUCUCUCCUUCGUCCUCCUCCGGUGGCCGCCAGUGACUGCAAAGAAAGCGCCACACUGUACAGGAAGGAGGCUGUGACACUGCGUCGCACACAGCAUACUGUGUGUGGGGAACGCAAUGCUAUAGGCACGCCUGCCGCCAUGCCGCGUUUCCUUGCGCAUAUAGAGCACGGAAGCAUCGUUUAGAAAUACUUCAACAAUAAAGAAAGGUGAGGGAAAAAGAAGAGUGAGCUACGACAGUAGGAUAUGGUUAGUGAAAUUAAUUGAACUUUGGGGGUUUUACGUGCCAAAACGACGAUUUGAUUAUGAGGUACGCCGUAGUAGGAGACUCCGGAUCAAUUUUUACCACUAGGAGAUCUUUAACGUGCCCCCAAUGAACGGGACACAGGCGUUUUUGCAUUCCACCCCCAUCGAAAUGCGGCCGCCACGGCCGGGAUUUCGUCCUGAGACCUCGUGGUUAGCAGCGCGUAACACCAUCGCCGCUAAGCCACCGCGGCGGGUGAGAUGGGUGAUGACGAUCAUAAUAUGUCAUAAGAUAAAUAAAUAAUUGGGGGAACACCCUGCGUAAAAGAAAUACGAGCACUAUAGUGCGUCAUUAGCAUUCAAGGCUCUAAAAGCCGUCGCACGGAAGUCGUCAUGUCACAGCCUCUUUCCUCCAUCUAUACUGGCACGCAUUUAUUUACAGCUCGUGUCUCGCGCGUGCUUUUCCAGCCGUCGCUCUUAUAAGAGGCAACCACUUGGAACGCAUUUGCGGCGUCUCCGGCGUCGGCUCGUCUGAAUCACGUUGAGCGAUUUCUUUGCUGUAUAAUGCUGGUCGGAAAUGUGUCAGACAUUAAGUGGAGCUAUAGUUAAUGGGAGUCCCCAUUUAUUCAUCACGCGUCGUGAUACGGACGCGUCGACGCUGGGCCACGUCCGACACGCGUCCCAUGUGGGUGCCGACUCAUCGUGUAUUUGCGGAGCAGAAAGCAGCUUAACUGAUUUUCACGAGCGCAUACUCUGCUGCGUCGGACCGCGCCAGGAGGCUAAUACUCUCGCGGCUCGCACCGGCACGCCCGUGCCCACUACCACCGUGGUUUCAGGGAUACACAUAUACAUACAUAUAUACAUAUAUAUAUUUAAGAGGAAAUAUCUAUAUUUACGGGUAUACAGAUGUGUAUACAAGUACCCAACAAAGCAGGAGAUUAUAUCAAAAUAUAGAACAUGCGGAGGGUACGAAGAGCCAAUGAAAGGUGCGCAAAGUUGAUAAAAGUAAGACAACGUAUUCACCGGUGCCCAAAUGUAUUUUUCUAUACAGCAGACAGCUCUCGUAUGCCAAAUGGCUUUCUGCGGGGCCGCUCGCUAAAUACAGAAGGAAAAGAAAUGUUGGUAGAAGCAAAACGAAAGGCAUGUUGGUCGUCGUCUUGGAGCGUCUAGAGACAGCCUUUUUGCGAAUGAAGCGUUGCUCCCAAAGAUCGUGUUUUGUGCCAAAAAAGUGCUUAGUGUCAAUGAAAUGAAAGAAUUUUUUUUUUUUUUGCGUAGACAAGGCGAGUUUUUUGUGAGUGAAGAUGAAAUCGCUUUGAGCCGGCCAUCGAACAAGUUGAAAGUCAGGACUAGAAGUAAAUCGAAGCGACGAGAUUACUGCAACCGUUUAAGUACAUUGACACGUACGUAAAAGCAAAUAACUGAAAAUAGUUAUAGCUUGUGCGUCUCUAUAGCUGCGAGUAAUUAAGCUUACAAGGACUCUUCUUUGUUCUUUAGUUUGUUACCACUUUUGUCUCAUGAGCAUAUCCAUCGGCUUGUAGCUGAAUAUUUCUAAUGAAACUCUUUCGGGCAGCUCCCUUUUUUUUUUUUACCACUUGUAUGUGCCCACAGUGAAAGAAAUCAUUGAAAAACAAAGUUUACGUUUUACAUAAUUUUCUCUUUUCUUCUUGUGCUGCUGAGAGAAUGUACUUUUCGCAGGCUCAUGGCGCUCUACUUAGUUUCUCUCUAUUGCAUUUGAAAGCUUGCCACCUGUACUCAUCCGGUUUUAAUUACAUGGCCACGCACUCAGAACCGCGGCCAUUAUUUCUCAACGAGAUUAGUGAAAAAAUACAAGGAUGGCUACUUGUGAGCUUUUUUAUAUUAAAAAAACGAAAAUUUCAGAAAUCGGCGCGGUAUUUUCCCUUUUUGGUGGCUGUAUUCUGUUUGCUUGCACCUUGUUUGAUUUUUUCCUCCCUCUUAUUAGGUUGUCGCCCCUUAUCGAAGGAAAAACAAAAGGAUAGAACAUGCGAAUAUUUCAUAAGUCACCCACUCUCACCUAUUUAUUUUUUCAUGUCAUUAUUUAUUGUAAAGUAAAUAAAUAAUACCAGGCGACAAUUGCGAAUACGUGUAGCAAAACGUCACUUGACUUUCUCCUCGAUAAAUUAUCAAUCGCAAUCUCCUUCUGAAACAAAAAUGCUCAAGUUGUCCUUACGUUGUGUUAGUUUUGCAAUGGCUGUUCCGGUUUACAAGUUGCACCCUCUCCUGUAUAGUAAGCAGGCCAUUGUAGAGAAGAUGAACGCUUAGCUAUAAAAAUGUAAACAAGCCUUCGUUCCUCAGAGAAAGUUUUAUCGCAUUUGCUGCGUCACUGCUAUGCGACUUGCAUGUCGCACAGAUUGACACGAGAUUUCUUUUCACGGACAGCCAUAUUUUGACACGAUGGUUCUCGCGGAAGACGCAGAUGUCUCGAACGGGAGGCAGAACACUGAAAUGAACUUGAAAAAAGAUAACUGUACGACGAAUCUCCCAGCAUCAAAGGCGAACCGAACAAAAAAAAAAAAAAAAAGGGGGGGGGGGGGGGGGCGGAACAGGAAAGCCGGGCCUAAACUAAACUUGGUCUGUUUCAUGUAAACGGCUGAUAGAACCGCUUAAGUACACGUAAUUAGGAAUUAUAUUUCCUUUAUAGCUACUGUGUGGAUAAUAGAGCCUGUAUUUUUAUGUGCUUUAAGAACACUAGAAACUGCAAAAGGCAAGAAGCAGGCGUAUUUCUUUCCAAUAUUUACAGACGGCAUGGAAUUCUCCUGCUUGUUGUUAUAGCUUCUCCGCAUUUCACUCUCGGCUAUAGGAGUAAGCAUCCCGACGAUGAUGACAUGGUGAAUGAGCGUUCUCUGGCGCUUGAUAGAUGCGUACAGAUAUGAUUUGCCAUCAUGUAAUUCAUAAACUACACCUCCUCGUGACAUAAACCCCACAAUCUGUCCUCGGAUCACUGCUACUCUACAAGUAUGUGUUAAGUCGUUGAUGCGGCCUCAACAGUUUGGAAAAUGGCCCAUUACACAGACGCAGGCAGAGUGUGUGCACUCGCGCCUCCAAAGCCGCAGCCGUUCAAUCUGCCGCGAGUUCUGUAUAGAUUGCCACAUUCUUGUUCUAUUCAUUUACUUUUUUGUGUUUUUGUUGUUAUUAUAGUCCUUUUUACGGGCGCUCUCAGCAGUGUCGUAUGCUCAUUCCCCAUUCCGCGCUUGUUGAGAACACACAUAUCAGCCCGCAUUGUCCCUCGUCUUGUGCUCGGCAGUAUUUAGUGCAAGUGUUCCGUGUGCAUAUUGAAGCUGUAGCGGCGUUGUACUUGUGUAGGUGCUCGUGUGUGCGCGUGUGUGCUGGUCGCUUGCUCGCAUGCUGGCUCCGACAAAGUUCUUCCUGCUGCUAGUGACCGCGAAAACUACGCGAAAAGAUGGUUCGCGUUCGAGAAAAACAAAACGCCUGUGUGCUUGAGAGAUGUAUUCGCUCGUCUGUGUCUCAAUAAAACAAGUGACAAAAGUGAA